AUGGAGCAACAGAACCCGCAACAGGACCCGCACCAGACCUUCAUUGACCCUGGUCCAUUGGUGCCGUCUCUCUUGACAUUGCAGGAGAAACACAUUUCGACGUACGUAUGGAACAGAUCUGGUGACGCAAAUCCAGAUGAUCGUGUACUCAACGUCAGACACGCUGCUUCAUGGGAUCAUCUAAAUAUACCCGAGGAGAUCCAUCCUUACCUGCAGCAGGCAGGGUUUUAUCAUAUUGCGCGUCUGCGCAACCAUGAGAUUGAUCACCAUCUCAUUUCGGCCCUUGCGGAGAGAUGGCGUCCUGAGACGCGCACAUUCCAUAUGUCCAUGGGUGAGGUGACGAUUACUCUGGAGGAUGUCCACCAUCUGCUUGGACUGCCUACAGAUGGAGAGGUUGUAUCUGUCCGCGUUGGAGGUCAUCCCUUCUCCCAGAUGGUGGGAGAUUUUUUGGGCGUUCAGCCAGGUCGGUCGCGCGACUUAUAUAAAAACCAAAUUUCGCUUACAUUUCUGAGGGAACGGUAUCUAAAUUGGCAUGAAUGGUCUGGCAAUGAAGUUGACCGUAUGUGA